AUGAAAUUGUUUAUAGCAGCUUUAGUUAUCUGCUCGUUGGCCAUUUGCUUCGGUUUGCCAGUCGAAAAUAAUAAUGUAAAUACGUUGUUUGCUGUUGAUGCCCCAGUUGCAGGCGAUGCCAAUAUUGAGCGCGUUCGUCUAGCCCGCCGUCAUGGUUAUGGUGGAUAUGGUGGUCAUCAUGGAGGUUAUGGUGGACAUCAUGGUGGACAUCAUGGUGGGCAUCAUGGUGGUCAUCAUGGUGGACAUCAUGGAGGUUAUUACGGAUGA